AUGGCCUUAGAUCACUUCAUCGUCGUCCCCGUCAUCGUCGCCUUCCUCGCCUCACUCGAUGCUUCGUCCUCGCAGAACCUAGGGCCCCCGGCCGCCGCCGGGUGCAACGGCGUAUUCCUGUCCUACAACUACUCCGGUGGUUUCCCGAUCCCUCCGAACGACACCGCCAACCAGCCGUACCGGUUCCAAUCCGCCUUGACCGUGGUCAAUAAUGGCCUCGAUGAGCUCAAGUCAUGGCAGGUGUUCGUUGGGUUUCGACAUGGUGAGAUAUUGGUCUCUGCUGACCAAGCUAUCUUAGCCGAUGGCACCUCCUUGCCCGCCAAAGUAGGGAACAAUGGGACCUUUUUGGCCGGCUUUCCGAAGACCGACCUGAAGACGGCAGUCGAGACGGCGGGAGACCUGACCCAGACAACAGUUCAGGUGCAGUUGGUCGGUACCGAGUUCGGCGUCGGGGCUCCGGGAGUUCCUUUGCCGGCUAGCCUCUAUCUCGCUAACGAUGGAUAUUCGUGUCCAAAUUAUACCAUGGAAGGUAAUACUACUAUGAACCUGUGCUGCACCAGAAAUCUAACAUCGACCUCCAACUCGACGCUCGGCAACGGCUUCCUGCCGCGUCAGGAAGGCGAUCUCAUCAUAAUGUACGAUGUGAUCAAGUCCUCGAGCACCGAUUACUGGGCGCAGGUCACGAUUUCGAACCAAAAUCCUCUCGGUCGUCUUGAUAAUUGGCAAUUGAGCUGGGAUUGGGCGAACGACGAGUUCAUUUUCGCCAUGAGAGGAGCUUAUCCAACUUUGGUCGAUACAACGGAUUGUGUCUUCGGUAAGCAGGGCCAGCACUACCAGGAUCUCGACUUCUCGUUGGCAUUGAACUGCGAAAGGCGACCCACGAUCAUGGACCUUCCGCCUUCUCGAGCGAAUGACACCAAUCUUGGGUUGGUUCCGUUCUGCUGUCGAAACGGUACCAUCCUAUCUGCAUUGACAGACCCGGACAGGUCCAAAUCGACGUUCCUAAUGCAUGUGUACAAGAUGCCGCCGGACCUGAACAGGACGGCAUUGGCCCCGCCUGUGAACUGGCAAAUCAACGGCACGAUGAGCUCGAACUACCAAUGCGGGCAGCCGGUCCCUGUCAGCCCUAGCGAAUUCCCAGACCCCACUGGGCUGGCCUCCAAGACGGUGGCGAUAUCGAGCUGGCAAGUGGUGUGCAACCUCACCAGGCCUAGAGAGAGUCCCAAGUGUUGUGUGUCCUUCUCUGCUUUUUACAAUGAUUCAGCGGUUCCUUGCAACACUUGUGCUUGCGGAUGCAACAAUGUCCCUAGCAGCACUUGCAGCACCACGGCACCGGGGCUCCUCCUGCUGCCCGAGACGCUCCUCAUCCCGUUCGAGAACCGGACCAAGCAAGCCCUGACGUGGAGCAAGAUGAACCGGUGGCCAGUGCCCGACCCUUUGCCGUGUGGGGACAAUUGCGGGGUCAGCAUCAACUGGCACUUGUUCUCGGAUUACCGAAACGGGUGGACAGCAAGGAUCAGCGUCUUCAACUGGGGCAACGAGAACUUUGCCGACUGGUCCGUGGCUGUGGAGCUCGACAAGUUGGGGGCCGGGUUCGAAGAGGCCUACUCAUUCAAUGGGACGCUUUUGGGGGACAAGAGCAACACCAUAUAUCUGAAAGGCCUCCCGAAUUUCAAUUAUCUCCUCCCGGAGAAGGACGGAUCGAACCCGAGGAAGGAUCCGCGGGUACCCGGCUCGCAGCAGUCGAUGAUCCUGUUCUCGAAGAAGAAGACGCCCGGCGUGAACCGGGUCGGCGGGGACGGAUUCCCGACGAGAGUGCUGUUCAAUGGGGAGGAAUGUGCAAUCCCAAGAACACUUCCCUCCAGCGGCCACAGGACGAGCGCAAGUGCCGGCGAAGCAGCCGUCGUUUUCAGCCUGGUGACCUUGCUAGUUCUCUCGUUCUGGCACUGAUCUGAUCACACACCCUUUUGAUUUUUGCCUGUGUUUUUUCCUUCUUUGAUGCGAGGAUUUCCACGUGGGUUUCUCUUUCUGUUCCCUAAUUAAAUUGAUUUGUUCGC